CUUCCUGGAGGAGGAGGAGGCUGUUGGAGGUGAUGAGAUGGGUCAUUCGUGAGGAGCGGUGAUGCUGGAAGGACUGGCCAGGAUGAUGGCAGAUGCAUCACCUACCUUCAUGAUUUCCACCUCCCAACCAUAGGGAUGAGUGUUCCCAUUUUAUAGAUGCUGUCGCGGCUCAGCGAGGUCAGCUCACCAACGCGUGCUCAAGGUCCCUGAGGAGUCCAAGGCUUGAGAGGUUCCCUGCGAAGCCCCCAGGAUGCCCGCCAGCCCCAAGGGAAGUCCUGAGCGCCCCUCCCACCUGGGAAGCUCUGGAAGAGGGUGACCUGUCUCCUGGGAGGAAAAGCAGCGCCUCCCCAUCUUUAGGGUGUUGGUCUGGGGUCCUCCGGAGCCGCUCCUGGGCAUAGGACUCCCAUUGUUCCAGCCCCCCUCCGUACCCCAGACUGGCCAAACCGGUUCUGGGGAAGGGGGGCGGGGAGCAGGCACGUUGAGACAGCCGCCUGCCCGCCUGCGAGGUUCCCUCCGCCUUCACCUCCCCCCUCCCUGCCCCACACAAUACCCAGGAGCUUGCAUUGCCCGGGCUUAGGGGCCAUGCUGACAUCGCCCCCUGAGGACCUGGCUGCAGCCCCAGAGCCCCCAGGGUGGCCUGGAGCCCUGGACCGUGCGGGAGGCUGGACCGGAAGGAGCUCCCUGGCUGAGGCCAGGUGACUGGCAGAGCACAGGAGGAAUGGACUGUGGGCCACCUGCCACCCUCCAGCCCCCCCUGGCUGGGCCACCUGGCACGGCCUGCCUCCCAGUAGCGGUGUGCCAGCAGGAGAGCCUGUCCUUUGUGGAGCUGCCCACCCUGCAGCCCCCAAGCUCGGUGUGUCUGGAUCUCUUCCCUGUCACCCCUGAGGAGCUGCAGGCCCCUGGCAGCCGCUGGUCCCUGGGGACCCCUGCUCCUCUCCAGGGGCUGCUAUGGUCGCCGUCCCCAGGAGUCCCAGACACCGAGACCUCUCCCAGUGGGGGGAUGCGGCCCAGCAGGGCUGGCAGCUGGCCACACUGCCCUAGUGCCCAGCCCCCACCUCUGGAGGGGCCCUGGAGUCCCCAGCACACACAGCCUCAGCGCCGGGCCAGCCACGGCUCGGAGAAGAAGUCAGCCUGGCGCAAGAUGCGGGUGUACCAGAGCGAAGAGGCCCCUGGCGGCCCCGAGACCCACGCCGUCUUCCUGGAGCCCGGCCAGGUGGCAGAGCCGCCCCUGAGCCCGGAGGAGCCCAGGCCUCCGGAGCCGGCGGGGCCCCCGCGCGGGGGCCUGGAGGGGCCCGAGCGGAGGCGCUUCUCGGCCUCGGAGCUGAUGACCCGGCUGCACUCGUCCCUGCGCCUGGGGCGGCACUCGGCGGCCAGAGCCCCGGGCCGGCGGGAGCGGCCCGGGAAGGUACCUGCCCCUCCCCUCGGCCCCAAGGGCAGCCCGGGAGCCAGAUGUGGGUGGAGCCAGGCUCACUCCCCGGGCACUCGAGGCGGGGUGCCCUCCGCUGGAGUGCGGCCCCCGCUGCCCAGGGCCACCCCCCACCCUCCUCCGCUCUCGCCUUCUCCAGGGAAAGCAGCGCCCGGACGGGAGUCAAGCAGCGCGGAGAUGAGGGUGGAGGGCGCCGCGAUGGCAGCCCCUGCGGACCCCGGCGGGAGCCCCGGCGGCGGGCCCGAGGCCAGGCUGGAGUCGCAGGAAGAGCCGGCUCCGGGCUCCAGAAGCGCCAGCGAGCGGCGACAGUCACGGUUCCUCCUGAACUCCGUCCUCUACCAGGAAUACAGCGACGUGGCCAGCGCCCGCGAGCUGCGGCGGCAGCAGCGCGAGGAGGAGGCCGCGGGGGACGAGGCCGAGGGCGCGGAGGAGGGGCCCGGGCCGCCGCGCGCCAACCUCUCCCCCAGCAGCUCCUUCCGCGCGCAGCGCUCGGCGCGCGGCUCCACCUUCUCGCUCUGGCAGGACAUCCCCGACGUGCGCGGCAGCGGCGUGCUGGCCACGCUGAGCCUGCGCGACUGCAAGCUGCAGGAGGCCAAGUUUGAGCUGAUCACGUCCGAGGCCUCGUACAUCCAUAGCCUGUCGGUGGCCGUGGGCCACUUCUUGGGCUCAGCGGAGCUGAGUGAGUGUCUGGGCGCACAGGACAAGCAGUGGCUGUUCUCCAAACUGCCCGAGGUCAAGAGCACCAGCGAGAGGUUCCUGCAGGACCUGGAGCAGCGACUGGAGGCAGACGUCCUGCGCUUCAGUGUGUGUGACAUUGUGCUGCACCACUGCCCCGCCUUCCGCCGAGUCUACCUGCCCUACGUCACCAACCAGGCCUACCAGGAGCGCACCUACCAGCGCCUGCUCCUGGAGAACCCCAAGUUCCCUGGCAUCCUGGCUCGCCUGGAGGAGUCUCCCGUGUGCCAACGCCUGCCCCUCACCUCCUUCCUCAUCCUGCCGUUCCAGAGAAUCACCCGCCUCAAGAUGCUGGUGGAGAACAUCUUGAAGCGGACAGCACAGGGCUCUGAAGACGAAGACAUGGCCACCAAGGCCUUCAAUGCCCUCAAGGAGCUGGUGCAAGAGUGCAAUGCCAGCGUGCAGUCCAUGAAGAGGACGGAGGAGCUCAUCCACCUGAGCAAGAAGAUCCACUUCGAGGGCAAGAUCUUCCCGCUGAUCUCCCAGGCCCGCUGGCUGGUGCGGCACGGGGAGCUGGUGGAGCUGGCCCCGCUGCCUGCGGCGCCCCCCGCCAAGCUGAAGCUGUCCAGUAAGGCAGUCUACCUGCACCUCUUCAACGACUGCUUGCUGCUCUCCCGGCGGAAGGAGCUGGGCAAGUUUGCCGUUUUUGUCCACGCCAAGAUGGCCGAGCUGCAGGUGAAGGACCUGAGCCUGAAGCCCCAGGGCAUCCCCGGCCACGUGUUCCUCCUCCAGCUCCUGCACGGGCAGCACACGAAGCACCAGUUCCUGCUGAGGGCCCGCACGGAAAGUGAGAAGCAGCGAUGGAUCUCUGCCAUGUGCCCCUCCAGGCCCCAGGAAGACCAGGAGGUCAUCAGCGAGGGGGAAGACCGCCCCCAGGUUCAGUGUGUCCGUACGUACAAGGCCCUGCAGCCGGACGAGCUGACCUUGGAAAAGACUGACAUCCUGGCAGUGAGGACCCGGACCAGUGACGGCUGGCUGGAGGGUGUCCGCCUGGCAGACGGCGAGAAGGGGUGGGUGCCCCAGGCCUACGUGGAGGAGAUCAGCAGCCUCAGUGCCCGCCUCCGGAACCUCCGGGAGAACAAGCGGAUCACGAGUGCCACCAGCAAACUGGGGGAGCCCCCGGCGUGACGGGCAGCCGUGGCCUGGGACACCGGCUCCGGGACCGGUCCGCGGGGGACCUGCAGUGUCUCCGCUCCCCAAGCCACUGCGCUGGGACUUCUGCUCUGUGGCCCGGCAUCGAGUGCAGCUGUUGCUUCUCGGUGUCCACUCUUCAGGGCCGAGAGCGGCUCCUUCCUCUGGCCGCGGGGCCUCUGCUAUCUGGCAAGGAUUGGGGCCCUGUCUUCCGUGUCCUUGACCCUGCCUGACUCUUGGUCCCUUCACCAGGGGCCUGACUGGGGAAGGCUCUAGUACUAAUGGGUCCCGUGGCCUCUGUGUAUCUGGAAUCUUCUGGCCAGAGCCUGCGUGGGUCCUGGCUGUGACUUGUCUGUAAAUAAACUCCCGUCAUGCCUUU